AUGAGGAAUGUGGAGAAAAUUCAUGCAAAUGUUCUCUCUAACCACAUCUUUCUGUCUCUUCCUCCAGCCUCUCUGACUGUGAGUCCCAGCAGCUCUCAGCUGUUUAAAGGAGAGUCUGUCUCUCUGAGCUGUGAGGAGGACGACAGCUCUGCUGGAUGGACGCUGAGGAGGAACACAACCAGAAGAACCAGGACUCAGUGUGACGACUGGGGAGGAGAACCAGCUGGUUCUUCCUGCAACAUCAGCUACAUCGCUGCAUGGGACAGUGGAGUUUACUGGUGUGAGUCCAGAGAGGGAGCAACCAGUAACACCAUCAACAUCACUGUCACUGGUGGACCAGUGAUCCUGCAGAGUCCUGUCCUCCCUGUGAUGGAGGGACAUGAUGUCACUCUGCACUGUAAAACAAAGACCCCUCCCUCCAACCUCCCAGCUGGUUUCUAUAAAGAUGGCUCCCUCAUCAGGACUGAGCCUACAGGUCACAUGACCAUCCACCAUGUUAACAAGACUGAUGAAGGCCUCUACAAGUGUGACAUCAUCGGUCGUGGAGAGUCUCCAUCCAGUAAACCUACAACCUCACCCCCGCCCACAUCCGCAGCUCUGCCCACCCCGACAACCCCGCCUCCUCCAACACACCCCCUGCCUCAGCCCCCUUCCAGCUUGUGUUUAGACUGA